AGAUGGCGCCCUGCCCUAAGAUAAACAAGCAAGAUGGCCGCCGCCUGAACCUGCCUAGCCUGCACACCCACAACACAGGCACUGAUGGGCGUCUGGGGCCACGCGAGACCAUGGUGACGACUCUGGCGCGUGACUAUGAGAGAAAUAAGCCCCGAGAGUACGAUGAUCACGGCCAAGAUCAUGAGGUUCCUGCGUAACAAAGUGUUCCUGAGUGUGGUGCUGCUGGUGGGCGUGGCCUACUGCGGCCUGUCGCUCUGGACCGAGAAGUCGAGUGGGCCGGGCGAGGACGAGGGGGAGGUGGGCGGCCGGGUGGAGUUCCACUGGGGCCCAGACGUGGUGAAUGGCUCGCUGGGCACCAAGGUCACCACCUGUCGCAACUCAGUGCAGGGAAAGGUGCUGCUGGCGGAUGACCAAGGAUACGUGUGUCACCGGGUGGACCGCCUCAGUACAGGUUGCUGCAAUGUGGCGGUGGAGUCAACACGGCGUUAUGCCUGUGACACCUGCAACACACACGGCUGCUGUGCCAUCUACGAGUACUGUGUCUCCUGCUGCCUACACCCUGACAAGAAGUCGCUGCUGAAGAAGGUGCUGGGGCAGAUCAGUGAGAACAGCCCCCUGUAUGCCUCAGUGUCGGACCACUUUGAGCUGUGCCUGGUGAAGUGUCGCACGUCCAGCCAGUCAGUGCAGCACGAGACGCUGUACAUUGACCCUCGGGCCAAGCACUGCUACAGCCAGGGCCCCCUCACCGCCAACAGUGAAACUUGAAUUCUCACACACGCACGCACUCACACAGAUACACAUAGAUAGGUAGGUAGAUGUAUAGAUGCUUUUUGAGUGCUGUACAUACACUCAAACACACACACACACACACACACACACACACACACACACACACACACACACACACACACACACACACAUACAGAUAGAUACAUAGGUGUUUUAUUGACCAUAAUUAGAUUGGUUGAUAAAAUAAAUAGGAUAGUUAGAUAGGAUAGGUAUUGUAUGACACACGCACACACACACACACACACACACACACACACACACACACACACACACACACACACACACACACACACACACACACACACACACACACACACAAAAUGAACUUGACUCAAUCUUGUAAAUAUAUAAAUAAUUAUAUAUGAAUAGGUGAAUAAACACACACACACACACACACACACACACACACACACACACACACACACACACACACACACACUUCUUGGCUGGUCCAGGAACACUCUUCAUCCCUCACAUCUAAAUAUUGCUGUUUUUUUUUUUUUUGUGUGUUUUUAUCUCAAUUUGUAUCAACCCAGUUUUUCUCAUCACACUCAAUUUCCUGUGCAUUUAAUCUUAUUUUUAACUGAUUCAAUUUUUUUCCAGUCUUCUUCACUUUAAACUCCAUUUCUUUUCAUACUGUCAUAUUUUCACGGUUCAGUAAUCCUCAUACCUUUCUCUUUUUUCCAUUAUUUCAUCACACGAAGGAGAAAAAACAGAAAAAAUGGCAGUUUUGGUCAAUUUGGUUGAUUUCUCGAUUCUUCUUUUCCUUACAAUUCACUUAAUUUUGUUUGUCAGCUUCCUCAUGCUGCUUUUAUUCUGUUCUUUAGUUUAUUAUUCUCUUCCACUGUUCUUCCCUCUUACCUUCCAUAUUUUUGCAAUUCUUUUGUUCAUUGGAGUUGGUGGGGAGUGUGCCUUUUGUAUUGGCUUUUGUAUCUGCACUCAUGUUCCUCUUGUUCUGUUCCAUUUAUCAUCUCCCACUCUUCUUCCCUCUCUUCCACAUUUUCACUAUUCUCCAUCUCUUGUUUGCUUGAGUUGGUGGGGAGAGUAACUUCCUUUUUAGCUUUUUUAUCCACUCCCUCAUGCUCCUCUUGGUCUGUUGCUCAUCUUGUUACACUCUUCCACUGUUCUUCCCACUUAUCCACAUUUCAAACACUCAUGUCAGUUUCCUCCGUUAGUUUUCCAUCCAACACUAAAAUCCUCACAUUGUCUGCCACUCUCAAACACUUUCCAUAUUCAAGUUCUGCAUCAGAUUUCAAACAUUUUCUGACACUGGCUAGGGUUGCUGUGUCCUGUGGCAGCUUGGUGUGUGGUGUAUACAGGGUACCAGGGUGCAGGGUGUAGCCAGGGUGCAGGGUGUAGGGUACAGGGUGUCCAGGAGGCAAGGUUGUAAGGGUGAGUGUGUUAGUUCUUGUGUUGUUACUUUUGUGGUUUGUCUUUUGCUUAAUUUGAGUUGGUUUGUCUUGUUUGUUUUCAUUUUUUUCUCUCUCUUUUCUCUCUCUGUCUAAUUGGUUUAUAAUUAGACAGAGAGAGAUGUUUAAUAUUCAUCAUUUUAAAAUUUAUCUCUUUUCAUUCUUAUUUUUACUUUAUGAAGAGUUAAAAUGAAGUGCUUAGCCUUACUUAGCCUGAUAUAGCCCUGUCCACCCCUGACUGGCCCUGGCUACCCCUGGCGCUAGGAAUAUCAGUGCAGGGCUUUCAGUGUGUGUGGUGUGUGGCAUUGGUGGUGGUGGUGGUGGUGGUGGUGGUCCUGCUCAGCGCUGCCAGACGCCUCACCAUGUCACUCCAUUGCCUAUAUUUGUUUUAUAUGUAUAGAUAACUGAUUAAAAGAAA